AGAGUGCAGGAGCAGCGUCCCACAGGCUCCGACUCGUGCGCCCUGUGGCUUCCGGCCCACUGUGGGUCUCAACCCGAGGCAUGGGGAAAGUGAGGGGGCUGCGGGCCCGCGUGCACCAGGCUGCCGUGAGGUUGACCGGGGAGUCCGCGCCCGGCCUCGCCCCUCAGGCCCAGGAGGCGGCCCCUCCGCAGGCCUCGGCUGGCGGAGUCGGGAGGAAGGAGUGGGCUUUUGUGAACACUGACAUCUUUGCCAGGACCAAGAUAGACCCCAGCACCUUGGUGCAGAAGCUGGACUUAGACACGAGGAGCGUUACUUCCAUCAGGAGAGGUGCUGAGGCGAAGACGAUUUUGCCCAAGAAGGAGAAACUGAAGCUGCGGCGUGAGCGGUGGCUGCAGAAAAUUGAAGCCAUAAAGCUGGCUGAGCAGAAGCACAAGGCGGAGAAGCGGCGGCGGGCCACGGUGGUGGUGGGGGAUCUGCAGCCCCUUCGGGACGCCCUCCCUGAGUUACUGGAGCUGGAGGCUGGCACCAGGCAGCCACAUACCCGAGGCAGGACAAGCAGCAAGCCCCGGCCGGCCGAGCUGAGCCGGAUGAGCGCCACGCAGCGGCUCCAGCUCCUCGAGGAAGAAAGGACUCGCUUCCGAGACCUGCUGGCCAAUCCAGCCUACAGAGCCAGCCCCCUGCUGGCCAUCGGGCAACAGCUGGCCCGGCAGAUGCAGCUGGAUGGUGGUGGCCUGCUCUGACCUGGCCCCAGGGGUGCCGUGAGCUCCGAGGAUGCACGUGAGGUGGCAGGGAGGACCAACUCCUCACAUCGUCACCCUGAGCCUGGAGGGCUGCCGCUUCGGCCCUUGCUCACUUGUUAGGACUGGUGGGGCAGACCACUCACCCCCAACCCCAGAGGGUGAAUAAAUGCCUUAUGAACCCAGGCAGUGGGACAAUGCUUCCUUUGGUGCUCGGCUGUCCCAUGAACGAGACAGUUACUGUUGUUUCAGGUCCCGGGUAAGAAGGUUGGGCUACAGAAACAUUGACUUACACCCUUGAUCUGAAGAUGUGGGAGGGGUGGGUGCCUUUCUCAGACCUUCAGGGAUGGGUGUGGGGUUUGGGCUGUGUGGGGACUAGCUGACCACCCACAUCCUUCAGGGACAGUGAAGGAUGUGCAGCUUGGAAGGGUGGACCCUGGGGUCCUCUGCACUAGGCACCUGGUCCCAGGUUGCUGGAAUUGCCUCCAAGCCUUGGCCUAUGUGUGGGUCCCACCCUCAGAUGUCAUAUGCCUAGGGCAGCUGGAUGAUUGGACUGAUGAUGGCUGCAUCAGGGUCACCUGUGGCCACCUUCCCGACACCUGCCCAGUCCCUGAGUUCAUGUGCCAGCCCUCAGAGGGAUUCAGACACCCUUUGUACUCCAAGCACUGGCUUUCUCGAGCAUUGUCCUGGACAGAGAGGGCAUACGAUGGCCGUGCAGCAUCAGACAGCGGGGUGUCAGGCCCAGCAACUGCACCCCUCAAGGUCCUAUGUUGCCUGAAGCCAGCUGCUGUACAAACAGUGGCUGUACUGCUUUCUGGAAUGUUCCUUGUGCAGCAGUAAAGCUGGUGAGGUCAUUGUGCUGAUAUGUGGGGGCCCACCCCUCCAUGCCCUCAUGGGUUCUCACCCGAUGACUAGAGUUUUCCAGGGUGCCUGGUUCCAGGAUAUCGGGGGAGCCAACUGCUGGUGGAGAUAGCAGGACGCCGGCCGGCCGGGCCUUUCUCUGAUGUCAUGUUCCUAGGGCAGCUGGUCCCCUGCUCUGGACCUGAGACAGCGGGUCUGCCUGGAGAAAGAACCUUCUUAAUUUCAAGUCAGACUCGACUAAACUGCGUUUU